ACAGCAACUAUAUUACAAUGUGCAAGGAACAAUCAUCCAUUCAACCAUGUUAAGGACAAGUAUUACAUAGCAGAGGUUGACAUGCUCUGGCCUGGUACUCUAAUACCAUCUCCUGCUACUAUCUUCAAGGAUAUCAAGCAUGUUUAUGAAGGAUUGUCAGUAAAAGUUUGUAAUUACUUCAAAGUAAGU